AUGGCACCGAAAGUUGAAUUUUUACCUUUUUUACUUGGGGUUAUAUUCAUAUUUCAUUCCUGUUCAUUUCAGCUUCGAAAGCAGAGCUCGCUACUGUCAGUGUUAGGUGUGACAUCGAUGCAGGAGAUGUUGCUGUCCAUUGACAGUCUCGACACCCUCUCACAAGCGAUGAGAAAAGCUGGCGUGGAAAGGACCAAUAUGAUUUUUGGAAUCGAUUACACAGCGAGUAAUAAGUACCAAGGCGAGGAUUCCUUUGGCGGUCGAUCACUCCACACAAUUCACCCUAAUAUAAAAAAUCCAUAUCAGCAGGUGAUCACAAUUCUCGGACGAACAUUAGCGCCAUUUGCCAGCACCGGUCGGAUUCCCGUCUAUGGUUUUGGUGAUGCGAAAACUGGUGAUUGGUCUGUUUUCUCGUUGAAGCAGAAUGGUGACUGUUCAACACUCGAUGAAGUACUCAAGGCAUACAAUGAGGUGACUCCAACCGUCGAUCUCAGUGGUCCGACGAAUUUUGCGCCACUAAUCUAUCAGGCGAUGGAAAUCUGUCAACAAACCGAUGAUUAUCACAUUCUGGUCAUCAUUGCCGACGGUCAAGUGACUAACGAACGUGCGACACGACGGGCAAUCGUACAAGCGUGUCAGUAUCCAUUGUCGAUUAUUGUAGUCGGUGUUGGCGAUGGACCGUGGGAAAUGAUGAAGGUAUUCGACGAAUCUUUACCAAAACGUCCAUGGGACAACUUCCAUUUCACCGAAUUCCACGAGGUGAGAUCGUUAAACGGUUCGACACGGAUAAUGAGACAGGCAACAGGCCAAGCCGAAGGUGAUGUGAAAUUGGCUGUGCAGUCGCUGCUCGAGAUUCCCGAUCAGUAUCGUUGUAUUUGUGAGUUGGGAUUGUUAAAAGAUCGAGCGAUACCGCCUCGUGGAUCUGAAAUCCGAAAAGAUAUGUUGGUCUCAAAGUAG